AUGGCAGAUAUGGAAGAUUUACCAGAUCGGUUUUACACAAUAAAAGUUGAUUUAGUGGGAACUUGUUUCAAACCAAUAACAAAUGAUAAAAAAUCACGAUUCCAAGAUAGUUUCCUUUUAAUUUCAGGAUGGAAUUCUGCUGCCAAUAUUGACCAUACGGGAGAUACGUACAAAUGUCUUCAUUCUGGCAAUCAACGCACAGAGAAAUCUGGUCAGACGGAAGAGGAGACCACCCAGGAAGCAAACCAUAGUGAUGAUAGCCUCCCUGUGACCCAGGGUGAGGAUGAGCACAAGGAACAGCCUACAGAGGUAGAACAACUUGACGAUGCAGAAGAGAUAGAGAGGACAGAACCAACAGUCCAUAGAGAAGACGAGAUAGAGACAACAGUCCGUAGAGAAGACAGGAUAGAACCAACAACACGUAGAGAAGAAAAUGAGCCACGCAAAGAGAAGAUCAAAUGGCCAACGAAUGCAGACAAAGCAGCUUGGAGAGCUCUUGACGAAGAUUUGGAAAACAUCUUAGAGGCAACAUUAGCAGGAAAGGACAGAUUUGGAGUGGUACCACAAGGGAAACAACCAGCAAAACAAGGCCAUAGUAACCGGAGACUGAAGAAGAACAAGGAAUUGAGAGGAGACUUGAGAAGGUUAAAGAAGAGGUACAAAGUCGCCAAUGAGAACGAAAGGUUACCAUUACAGCAGUUUAGAAAGGAAACUAGGGAGAAACUUAAGACACUUACAAGAGCAGAAACUCACAGAAGAGAUAGAAAGAAAAAGGCAAAGGAGAGAGCAACAUUUACAGCAAACCCAUUUCAGUAUAUGAAGCGAUUAUUUGGAGCGAGAGGAUCUGUUAAACUGGAAAACUCGAGGGAAGAAGUGGAAGAAUAUCUCAGUAAGACCCACGGUGAUGAGAGACGAGGAGAAGACCUGGAAGAAUGUGAGAAAUUGUUAACACCAGAGGAGCCAAAAGAACAGUUUGAUGAGUCAGACCUGAAGUUUUAA